AUGUCAGUCACAUCUUCACAAUCGCCGGAGAGCUGGAUCUCAUCCUUCUGCUCGCUGAUAGGGCAUGAAUAUUUUGCAGAGGUCAGUGAAGACUUCAUAGAGGACGACUUCAACCUGACGGGCCUACAAUCCCAAGUCCCUAUGUAUAAAGAUGCUCUAGAGAUGAUCUUGGACGUCGAGCCAUCAGAAACAGGCAGCUCUGCCAUAUCAGACGAGGAGGAAGAGGAGGAAGACGACGGGUUACUGGGCGAAGAACAGGAUGAGCUAGGGCGACGACGGACAAGCCACGAAACAAGAAGACAUAUGAGAGCCGGAAGCGAUGCCUCAGUGAUAGAAUCUUCUGCUGAGCUUCUCUACGGCCUAAUACAUGCCCGCUUCAUCACUUCUCGGCCCGGCAUACAACAGAUGCUUGAAAAGUACGAACUCGGCCAUUUCGGCCACUGCCCCCGUGUCUUCUGCAGCGGCGUAAAGGUCCUCCCAGUCGGCCGAACCGACACCCCCGGCCAAGAAACAGUCAAGCUCUUCUGCCCUGGAUGCCUCGAUGUCUACACGCCUCCCAACAGCAGGUUCCAAGCCGUGGACGGCGCCUUCUUCGGCACAACCUUCGGCUGUCUAUUCUUUAUGACAUUUCCCGACCUUGACCUCAGCCCGCGAUCAUUGCGGCACAGAACGGCAGAAGAGGACUCAUCAGCCAUCACCACUCAGCAGAACAACUCAGACACCAUCGUCACAGCAUCGCGAUCCAGUUCAUUAACCUUACCAUCCGCCCCCGGAAUGCCACCAACAUCGCAGAUUUACCCAACGCGCAAAGAAGAGCCUAUCAUCCUACCCGAACAACCCGCCGUGAUUAACGGAAUGGCGACCUCGAAUGUGGCGCCGGGUCUAGGAAAGGGCAAGAUCUACGAGCCUCGCAUCUAUGGGUUCCGGGUCUCGGAAAGGGCGAGGGGUGGACCGAGAAUGAGAUGGUUGAGGAGUAAACCGCUGGAUAUCAAUGAGAUCGAUGAGAGUAGGAUAUGGCAUGCCAAGUAUGGAGGGGACCCGGAUGGCGAUCCUGUGGCGCCGGUCGAUGAGACAGCAGGGGAAGGAAAUGGCGAUGGCGAUGGCGAUGGCGAGGAUGCGGUCAUGGCGAGUGUGACUGGUCAGAGUCAACAGACAGAAGGAGUUAGUGUGCCGGCGGGACAGGGACAGGGACAGCAGGGUGCAGCUGCAGCGACGACGGUGGCUGGGAGGCGGAAAGCUCCUAUGCGGAGGAGUAAAGGGAGGGGGAGAAUGGGGGAGGGUCUGGAUGGCGGCGGAAUUGGUGGUGGUUGA